AUGACCCGAAAAAUGGCGUAUUCGCGUACAACCACGAAAGUCGUGGUGGUUGGGGGAGGCGGCACCAUGGGUUCCUCAACAGCGUUGCACCUCAUCCGCUCUGGGUAUACUCCCUCGAAUAUCACAGUGCUUGAUGUAUAUCCCAUUCCUUCGGCUCAAUCGGCAGGAUACGAUCUUAACAAGAUCAUGGGCAUCCGAUUGCGCAAUGGGCCAGAUCUGCAACUUUCGCUCGAGGCUCUUGACAUGUGGAAUAAUGAUCCACUAUUCAAGCCCUUCUUUCACAAUGUCGGCAGGAUUGACUGCUCGUCAUCCAAAGACGGUAUUGCAGAUCUUCGAAAAAGCUACCAAUCAAUGCUCGACGCGAACAUUGGGUUAGAGAAAACGAACUGGUUGUUAGAAAGCGAAGAUGAUAUACUUGAAAAGAUGCCAGUCUUUACAAGAGAGCAGGUAAAGGGGUGGAAAGGCUUGUUUUGUGGCGAUGGAGGUUGGCUUGCUGCAGCCAAGGCUAUCAAUGCAAUCGGACUUUUUCUAAAGGAUCAAGGUGUCAACUUUGGAUUUGGCAAAUCUGGAACUUUCAAGCAACCGCUGUUUACCGCCGAUGGGAUCACAUGCAAUGGUGUUGAGACAGUAGAUGGCACUAGAUAUUACGCCGACAAGGUGGUCUUGGCUGCUGGUGCUUGGAGUCCAACAUUGGUAGAUUUGGAGGACCAGUGUGUUUCGAAAGCGUGGGUCUUUGCUCAUAUUCAGCUCACACCCGAGGAAGUAGCCAAGUACAAAAACACACCCGUGGUAUACGAUGGCGAAUACGGCUUCUUCUUCGAGCCCAACGAGUACGGCGUUAUCAAAGUCUGCGACGAGUUCCCGGGAUUCUCUCGCUUCAAGCAGCAUCAACCUUACGGAGCGACCUCUCCUAAAAACAUAUCUGUCCCAAGAUCACACGCCAAACAUCCUACAGAUACUUACCCAGAAGCUUCCGAGGUCACCAUUCGCAAGGCAAUUGCGAGAUUCUUGCCUCAAUUCAAGCAUAAAGAGCUUUUCAACCGCUCUAUGUGCUGGUGCACAGAUACUGCCGACGCCAAUUUACUCAUCUGCGAACACCCCAAGUGGAAAAACUUCAUUCUGGCCACGGGAGAUAGUGGUCAUAGCUUCAAGCUUCUACCCAACAUCGGCAAACAUGUCGUUGAGCUGAUAGAAGGGUCUCUUUCGCCAGACCUAGCUGAUCCGUGGGGGUGGAGACCUGGGGGUGAUGCUCUCAAAUCUAUACGUAGUGCCCCGGCGAAAGAUCUCGCUGAUAUGCCGGGCUGGAAACAUGAUGCCAAGCUUUGA